ACGACCAAAGUUUCAAUCAUGGUCCUCACGAUCAAGCAUUUCCUAUCUCCACAGCUUUUCAUCCUCUUUUAUCUCUUUGUGAUCACCAAUUUCUUCACUCUACUAACCCCAUUUACAUUUACAAGUGCGCUAUCCUUCAACUUCACUAGUUUUAGUAAUGACACCACUGACAUAACAUAUGAGAGUGCUUACUCUGAAAACCAAGCCAUCCAACUCACAGGCGGCAACCUCACAGAAUGGUUGCAAGGUCGAGCCACAUAUUCCAAACCCUUGCAAUUGCGGGACAAUGCCACUGGAAAGCUUACGGAUUUCACUACCCAUUUUACCUUUUCCAUUAGUUCACGGAAUCAAAAUGUAUAUGGAGACGGGAUGACCUUCUUCAUCAUACCCAACGGUUCAACGAUUCCCAAGAAUGCAAAAGGUGGCGCCUUGGGCCUUACUAGCCUUGAUCAGGUUUUAAACACAAGCAAUAGUCGUUUUGUUGCAGUGGAGUUCGAUAUCUUUACGAACUACUGGGAUCCACCUGGGGAACAUAUAGGUAUUGAUAUCAACUCUUUGAAAUCUAAAGCUUAUGAGUCAUGGUCUAGUAAUAUUACUAUUAGGGAAGGAAAAAUAAAUGAAGCUUGGAUUAGUUACAACUCCAGUUCAAAUGAUUUGUGUGUUGCUUUCACUGGUUUUGGAGAUAAUGUUACUGUAAGGCAAUCUCUAUCUACAAAUGUUAAUUUGAUAGAUUUCCUGCCUGAUUGGGUUACUUUUGGAUUCUCAGCUGCAACAGGAAAUGACUGUGCUAUACAUACUAUUUAUUCUUGGUAUUUUAGUACAAGUUUGGAAAUAGUAGGUUUAAGCCCCAAUUCAGCCUCUGGCCAGGGGAAAGAAAACAAGUUAAGGUUUGCUUUUCUUGUGGUGUUUAGUACUGUUGUUGGAUUUGUAUUUGUUGUGUUGAUUCUGUUUGUCUUGUGGAAGAGGUAUAAGAGUGAUAAUGAUGUUCGUGCUUCUGAUAAUCAUGUUGUUGAAGAAUUCCCAAGGGGAAGAGCACCUCGAGAGUUCUCAUAUGAUGAAUUGGCACAUGCGACAAAUAAUUUCAAUGAUGAACAAAUAUUGGGUCGAGGAGGAUUCGGCGUGGUAUAUAGAGGAUCUUUGAUGGACUCAAACUCCUCUGUUGCUGUUAAGAAGAUAUCAGAGGAGUCUAGACAGGGAGUGAAUGAGUAUGCAUCAGAAAUAAAUGUCAUUAGCCGACUAAGACAUAGGAAUUUGGUGGAACUCAUUGGUUGGUGCCACGAAAGAAGUAGAGAGCUCUUACUUGUUUAUGAGUUCAUGCCCAAUGGAAGUUUGGAUUCACAUCUUUAUGGAGAAGGAAACUUAUUGACAUGGAGAAGAAGGUACACAAUUAUAAAAAAUUUGGCUGAGGCCUUACUUUACUUGCAUGAAGGAGGGGAACAUUGUGUGUUGCACAGGGAUAUCAAAUUGAGCAAUAUUAUGCUUGAUUCAAACUUCAAUGCUAAACUUGGGGAUUUUGGGUUGGCUAGGCUUGUGGACCAUGACAAAGGGUCACGAACUACUACAUCGGCUGGCACCUUGGGCUAUAUGGAUCCCAACUAUAUGGCAACAGGUAAGGCUAGUAAGGAAUCAGAUGUCUAUAGUUUUGGAAUUGUUGCAUUAGAGAUCGCUACUGGAAAAAGUCCAACCGACCAAAGUACCACACAAGGCUUGUUGAAGUUGGUUCGAGAGCUCUAUAAAAGAAGAAAGGUUCUUGAAGCAGCUGACCAAAGGUUGGGUGAAGGUUUUGAUAAGCAAGAAAUGAAGUGCUUGUUAAUUGUAGGGCUCUGGUGUUCUCACCCCAAUCAUAAACGUAGGCCACCUUCGAUAAGGCAAGUAAAUCAAGUUCUUGAAUGUGGCGGUCCAUUGCCUGAUCUUCACCCAUUAGAAAUGCCCAGUUCAACAGAGAACGAAACUACAUCUGUAAUGUUGUCCGAUGGUGCUACUAGUUCGAUGGGAUAGCAGAACCAAAAGUUAAGCUGUAGCUACAACACCAAUUCCUCAUGGUUUAAACCAUUGUGUGUUGCUUCUUCAUCGCAUUGCUUUAGUUAUAAUUUAAACUUGUUUUGUUUUGUUUUUGCUUCUUGUUUAUUAUUAUUAUUAUUUUUUUUUUUACGAACUAAAUGUGAGGAAUUUAUUGAAGUUAUGUAAUGAAUAUAAUUGAUUGAAAGGUUGU